AUGUCAGAGCCAGUGCAAAAGGGCGAGAUCGACCUCACGUCGCUUGAUCAGGCUCUCAAUGACGGCGAGGCAGCCUCGAAAGUCUCCGCUGAGACGCUGCAGAAGAAUUCGGACACCCUCUCACAACCUCCCGCCGACGUCGGCAAAAUCGCCGCUGCCUCCCAGGACAAGGUUCCUUCUCCAGCAACCUUGUCGCCUUCCUCGCCGCGAGCCAUGUCUCCCUCUACAGCAACCACACAACCAAUGGCUGAACUCCCUCCGGCGGUAGCCGAGCUCAAGCUCAUGUUCCCCGACCUGGACAAUGACACGAUUGCAGCCGUGUUGGCCUCGAGAGGCGGGGAUCAGGAGGGUGCUGUCAAUGCGUUGCUGCAGAUGUCCGACCCGGAGUUCAAGCCGUCGACCACGGAGACAAGGACCGAUUCGGAUGCUCUGCUAGCACAAAGCAUGGCAAUGGAGGAGGAACAGAGACAUCACGAGGCCAUGGCGAGGCAGGCGCAGCAGGCGCAGCAGGCGAGUAUGGGCAGGGGCGGCGGCGGGGCAGGGGCAUUCUUCGGUGGGUUGCUCAACUCUGAUGCCAGAGAUACGCAGACAAGCUCAGCACCGAGCUACGAUCCAAACGCGCUCACGUACCAGCCUCGAGUCAGGCGAGGUGCGCCCGGUAACGCAGCCGGUGCUGCUGCUGCUGGAGCUAGGGCCUCGUACCUUCCGCCGAAUCAUCCGCCGCCGCCGGCAGCAUCGCCGUCCUACGAGCGAGGCGAUAGCGUCAUUCCGGGCAUGCCAGGGGCUAAGGAAGCCAAGCAGUGGCAGGAGGAGAUCAACCGUAUGGCCGAGACAGGUCUGGCUAGAGCCGCUACCACCUUUUCCAACUUCCGUCAGAAAGCAAGUGCUGCUUUCAACAAUCCCCAGGAUGGCCAGGGUCAGCCCGGUGCAGCGGGCACCACCACCACCAGCACUGGAACCGCAAGCGGCCCAGGCUUCGCUCAGGCCUUCCAGAACUUUAGGAACAACGCCACUGGCCGAGGCUCGAGCACCUCCUCGCAAGGUCCGACCACGACAUCUGCAACAUCGCCCCACCAAUUCACCUCGCCACGAACACCGCAAGCCAGCGAGUACGAUCAGGACCCUUCUCCUGUGUCAGAGAACGAGUUGGCCAAGAUCAUUCAGCGUGGAGGCGGUAGUGGAGGAUCUUCGAACAACGCAUCAGCUGGCAAGGCACGUGCCUUGGCAGAGCGAUACGGAUUGGGCAUCAAGAAUGGCGGUCGGGACGGCGCAGGUGCCGCGCAGAGUGGCACCACAUCGACGACUGGUGCUUCAGACUUCGCUGGGUGGGAUCAGGCCGGUCGCACCCCCAUCUCGAUCAGUGACAACACGACGCCGAAAGCGAGCGAAGGGAAGGCCUCGAUGGACUCGAUUGCUCGCAUGGACGCUGCCAGUGGUCGAGGGAUCACCAGUCCCAGGCUGGAUCGAAGCCCGUCCAAAGAGCGUGCCACAGGGGGCAAGGUGGGAGCAGCUGCUGUGGGUGGUGCUGCUGUUGGUGCGGGCGUCGGAGCCGCUCUAGGGUCCGAGCACGACGAUGGUGAUGCGGACGGGGAUGGAGACUCGGAUGACCUCGAGUACGUUAGCAACCCCUUCGAGGACGAGGAUUGA